AGCAAAAAAGGCAUGCCAGGCUUGCAUGCGGCUGUAAGGGUAGGCAAAGGGCGCAAGAGUGCUCGGAAGUGCCUAGCUCUUGCCGCCGCCUCGCGCUGCGCAGCGUGCGUCGCAAAUUUCCACUACACAGAGAGAUGGCCACUCGUGUCGCGCUCGUCACGACCCUGCUCCUCCCGAAGGGAUCGUCCUCGGUGCUCGCGAGCUUCGUCAAGUGGCACACGAGUCUGGGCAUCGACACGCUGUACCUGUAUUUCGACGAUAGCACCAGCGACGAGCCCGAGGGCUGGCGCGAGGCCGACGACCCGCAAGUGGUAAGAGUAAGACGCAGCCCGCAGCUACUCGAAGAGCAACAAGAAAAAUGCGCGUGCUGGGCGCGCUUCGGCCCCUACGCAACGGAAGUCCAGGCGCGCCAGGCCCUGAACGCGGAACACGCAUCUCUCCAAGCGCGGCGCGACGGCUGCACAUGGUUAUUACAUUUGGACGUCGACGAGCUCUUUUUCGUGAAGAGCAAAGAGGCUUUGUUGACUCACUUCCGCGACCUCGAUGCCAAAGACAUAGGCCACUGCACCUACGCGAACCACGAAGGCGUCGCCGAGCGGAGCGACGUCAGGGACUAUUUUCGCGAGGUGACGCUGUUCCGGUGGAACCACCACUCCUUACCUCUAACGAGCGGCGUCCAGGCCGGCAUGCGGUGGUGGCGGUCCCGGUCGAAGCACGGCCAGUACCUGCUGUGCUACGACUGCGGCAAGAGCGCCGUGAAAUUAGUUGAUGAUAUCGAGCCGGUGUCCGUCCACGCCUGGCGGACGCCGCUUAAGAAAUUGACGGCGUUAUGUGAUGCUCGCCUCGAUCUGAGCGAGCGCUCAUCAAAUCCAGAGAAGAUGCCCGUCAUUUUACAUUACGUGAAUUGCGGCACGUUCUGGCUGCGGACGAAGUACGAGAUUUUGGGGGCCUUUGCGGACAGCUGGUUCGGCGGGUCCCUACCGAUCGCGCCGUCGUUCCACCUCGACGCGAGAGAUGUGGUGGGCACGCGGGAUGCCGAAGCCUUGGAGGCGUUUUAUGGGAGGCACCUCGCGCCGCCCGACGCUGACGAGUUGGCGAGGCAGCUCGCCGCGGGCGUCCUGAGACGUCUCGAUGCGCCGUCCAAGUUGCUAGGAGGCGCCACGAUCGCGGCGCCCGUCGCCGUGGCGCCUUCAAUCAUGCCGCCGCCCGCGCCAGAGACGGGCUUCUCUUCCGAAAAGGCCUGGAUCCUCUCGGCCGCGGCGUCGAAGUUCCUCUAG